AUGCUAAUAUCACAAAAACUUACUGAGGAAUGCAAAAAACUCUUGCCAGUAUCAUACUCUUUACCAGACUCAUUAUGUACACUUAAAGAGCGCUCCAAAGCAACCUUCAAAGCAGCUCUUCAUCAUAUUCACCUUUGCAUCAACAAAGACUGCGAUCUACUACCCAAAUCAACUGAACAUAAUUUAGGAAAUAUCUCCAAAUUGUAUUUUACUAACUCUUUUAAUACCCACCCAGUAUUAGAAUCAGAACAAAGAGAAUGGGUAUACCCAACUCUGGAAACAGAUAUCUUUCUUCCCAAAAAGAAACUUGCAGCAAGCUUUUCCAUUCCAACACCUACAGAAGAACUCAGAAUCUUAGCAAACUCCACUGAAAAGACCUUUGCACAUUUUAAUAAAGUAGAAAGUAACAUAGCCCGAGCUACAUACUACUUUUAUCGCUACCUAAGAGCCUUUAUGCUAGCAGCAAGGGACAAUGAUGAACUUAUAGGUUUAUCUAAAAAACAAGCUCUAGAAAAAAUGAUCAAAACAACAAAUGAUAUUCAUACUCUUGCAAGAAUCAUUACAUAUUUCAAAUUAGAAAUGAAAUUCAAAAUAUCACUAAAACAAAUACACAUUAACUAUAAUCAAUUCUACUAUCCUGAAGCUGAAGAUUUUCUGAUAAAACAUCUAAAAAUCUCAAUUCCAGAACAAUACGAUGAUUCCCUUUUCAUACAAAAUCCUGAUACAUCUACCUCACAAGAAGUAGAUAAAAACACAUCUAUACCUCCAAAAGAAACUUCAAAUAGCAGUAAACAGAAACCAAAAUUGCAACCAAUAACCCUAUUACUAAACUACAAAAAUCCCAACACUUCAAAUACUUGUGGUUAUGCACUGAUGGCCCUAAAGCAGGCACAGCUAUUAUGA